UGUCCAGUAUGACCUAAUUAUAGACCUGACCAUGAGGUGUAGACUGCGGUACCGCUCGGGCUGGACUGCCUUCCUGUUUCUUUUUACCAUCGCUGGCGUGAUUUUAACCUAUAAUCAGAUGAAUGAUGAUAAGAAAUCUAGUAUCAAAGAUAGCGUGGACAGACAAGGACCUAAUGUUGUCGAGAUGCGGCAAAAAGUCAAACAGCCUGUACACCCAAAACAGCAGAACUUAUUCAAUGAAGUGCCUUUGAUGGAGGAGGAUAAGACUGUCCGAUUAAGGCGACUCCUCUCUGAUUUAUAUCCAGACAACUGGGGCACGGCUCAAGACGCUGAUGAAAUGGCCUACAACAUUAAGAUCCAGUUGUCUGAUUUAGGUUACGAGAGUGGACUGACAUGUAAAGACGUGGAUAACCUCAGAAUCUCACAAGCGAUCAAAGUGGGUGCGAAAAAGUAUGUCGAUCGUGCAAUACUCCAUCCACACAAUACUGAGGUUGUGAUAAAGAGUCAGGGGAAUGACCAGGAGACUAAGAUCAAAUGUAUGAAGAAAGUUUAUGAUGCAGAUAAAUGUCAUAAUAUGGGGAACUAUCACCUUAUGAGGGAGAUAAUCCUGCUAUCCGUCCUUAAACAUCCAGGCAUCGUAAAUUUCCUUGGUUUCUGUAUCCGUGGAGAUAGUAUAAACUAUGAUAUCAAGAAGAAAGGUUUAUUGCUGGUACUGGAGGCGGGGACCCCCAUCACCCCCGGCAUUUUGUCCUACACCCAGUGGGAAACGCGCUUAAAGUAUGCCAUUGAGUUGGGUGAACUAUUGAAGUAUUUAGAAGAAAGCCCACUGGGGAGUGUAGAGCUACUGGGGAUAAAGAUGGACGAUUUUGUGACGGCAAAAGGGAACCAUCUUAAACUGGUGGACCUAGACGAUGUCAGCUUAGAGGAGAAGACCUGUCAGUCUGAAGCAGAUUGCAAAAUCCCAACAGCAUCACUAGCAAACAUGGCCUGUGAGAAUGGGAGGUGUAAGGAUUGGAAUGCCAAAAACAAUCUACAGAGGGUGGGGGCCUCGCUGUUCCAUCAGCUGUUAAGUAAUCCUCCCCCACAGAUAUCUCGUGGAAUUAAUGAACUAAAACAGAAUAUUCUCCUACUAAAUAUAACAGCCAAUCAGAUCAUCAGGAAACUGAAAGGCAUGCAAUCAGAAACAGAUUCUGGUGUUCAAGGCCCACAAAACAACUUCCAAGAUAAUUUUGGUCAUCCAGGAGUAGGUCAAGAUUCCAGACAGGGUCAAGGUCAUGCUAAAGUUGAGAUGGUACAACAAAGAAUUGUGUCAAGAAAUGAAGAUCAACAUCGCCAGGAGGAAAUCAACUCAUAUCGUGUGCUACCAGAGAAGAAGUACACGAGUAGUGGAGAUUACAGGCGAAUCGAGCAGUCUAAUUUCCCGGGACAGUACGAUUACACAUGUCAAUCAUCACGAGUCAUGUGGGGGUGUGUCCUCACCGUUCAUAGUCUGACCGAGGCCAAGAAUUACUGCAACAAUGACCCCCAAUGCAAGGCUUUUGUUCUAUUUACAUCCAAUCCAGAUGGAGAUUCUUUGAUGACGAUGGUAGCCAAGAAUUCUGGGACAGGUAAACCUCAACCCAAUGUUGGAGCCACACUUUUUAUCAGGACGGGCUCAGGGAGUGCUGGGCAGAAUCUUCCACAGAACUUUGUACCCAAGAAGACAACUCCAUCAUCUGAAACCUCUGUGGCUGAAUGUCGCGUGAGAACGUGGAACACAAACUCCGAAGCCAGGAUCACGAGAGAGAGGCGAUUAAUGACUCAUUUAGGACUCAAAGGUAUAUCAGAAGACAACUGGAAACUGAAAGUAAAGAUGUCUCGCAUCGUUAAGCAUGCAGGGCUAGACAAGUUUUCUCUGUCUUCAACUGUCGGAGGACGGUUUGAGGUUGAACUCGCAAAUCUGGAGAAUACAAUGAGGAAGGCAGUUUUUCUGUAUGAGAAGGGACCCUCACAAUACCACAUUGCUCAUCUUUUACAGUACCACCUAGACAGAAUCCUGGGGAUAUAUCAGACUCCCCCUACAGUCGUGUGGUCCCUGACAGUGGGGGAUGUUGCUGAUGUUGAAGGAGACAAGGUUUGGACUGAGACUCUAGGACCACUGCUGGGAAACAAGGAUGACAUUAAAGGUAUACUGACAACCUCGGUCCCACGAGUCAUACGCGAAGGUCAGUUACAGAUACAUCGACUAAGCAGCAUGACUAGGGAAGUCGAAGCAUUCAGUCGUCUCCAGAAAAUGCAGUUAGAAUAUGUGUUCCUUUGGUUUGUUGCAAAAGUUGGUUUUGCAGAGGAUGUCCAUUAUGGUUACAAAGGACAUCUGAUCCACUUUGGGGCUGAUGGGGCAUUCCAGGACCUGAAUGUUAAUCUGUUGGGUUAUUUCAACAAUUGUCAGUUUCCUAAUGUUGUGUAUAAAGCUCUCAGCUGCUUCAAGUGUUCUUCAAAGGGAUCUCAGAUCUGUUCCCUGGGGCAAGAGGCAAUGCAAAGGAUUUUGAGCCAUGGCUACACCAAUCGAGACAUCAAAAUCCAAAACUUGACACCAAAUGAGUUGACAACCAUCAUUAAUGACGCUGCUACAUCAGUUCUGAGCAUUGUGGACACUUGUAUCAAGAAUUUUGGUCGUGAUCAAGUCCUGUACUAAUUCAUGUUUACUUAGUGCAGAAGAACCAUGCAAAUAUGUGGAAACAAGAUAAAAGUGACCCUUUGUGCAUUAUAUGCAUUACAUUGAUUGGGGGGAAAAAGUCACCUACUGAAUAUGCAUAAUGUUUUGUUAACUCACUUGUUUAAAGACAAGUUUUUUUCUCGGUAAAAAUCCAAGAAUCUAGUGCAGUGGAUUGCACCUAAUGUGGUAUUUGUUAUAAUGAUAUAUCUGUUAAUCUGAUAACCGGUCAUAGUCAUUAAAAUUGCAUUGUUCUAUUUAUGUUGUUUCUAGAAACUUUUUACAUCUGGAGAAUAAUUUAAUUUGAAUUUUGUUUUGAGUAAAUAAUUGGUAAAAACUGAUUA